UACUGAUAAGCGCCGCCACAAACAUUAAAAAAACAUCGUUGCAGCUACCAAAUCAAUUAUCUAACGAGUCGGGUGUGUUUUGUGUGCGCUAAAAGCGUGCGAAUAAAAUAUUAGUUAAUUAUAAAAUUACGUUUGUUAAUGAAACAUCGAAGGACGCACAUGAACUUCCCGAGGCGAAUGACGUGAGAGACACUAGCGCCGCAGCGGCUGGCAGCUCGAACUAGCCGCAGUGGACGAAAAUCGCUCGUCGAGCCGUGAGUUCGAGCUGGUUUUCACGCGUUUUUCACGAAAAUGGCCAGCAAUAUCAAUCCACCGCACAAAAGUAAACACUUCCCGAUAGACCAGCUCGUGUGCGUGGGAAACUACGAGCUGGAAAAGACCAUAGGCACGGGAAACUUUGCCGUAGUGAAACUGGCCACACAUGUUAUUACUAAAAGUAAGGUUGCAAUAAAAAUAAUAGACAAAUCACGGUUAGAUGAAGACAAUUUAAAGAAAACCUUCAGAGAAAUAGCUAUCAUGAAGAGACUGAGGCAUCCACACAUAGUCAGGUUAUACCAGGUCAUGGAGAGCAGUCACACGAUAUACUUAGUCACAGAGUACGCGCCCAACGGUGAAAUAUUUGAUCACCUCGUAUCAAAAGGCCGCAUGUCGGAACCGGAAGCGGCGCGCGCGUUCGCACAGAUGGUGGCGGCGGUCGGGUACUGCCACGCUAACGGAGUGGUCCACAGAGACCUCAAGGCCGAGAACUUACUGCUCGACAAGAAUAUGAACAUUAAGUUGGCAGAUUUCGGGUUCAGUAACGAGUACAGGGCCGGCUCGCCGCUGUCCACGUGGUGCGGCAGCCCCCCGUACGCGGCGCCGGAGCUCUUCGAGGGCAGGCACUACGAUGGGCCACGAGCUGAUAUAUGGUCGCUGGGCGUGGUGCUGUACGUGCUGGUGUGCGGCGCGCUGCCGUUCGACGGCGGCACGCUGCACUCGCUGCGCAGCGUCGUGCUCAGCGGCAAGUUCCGCAUCCCGUACUUCAUGUCCCAAGACUGCGAGAACCUCAUCCGCCACAUGCUGGUCGUGGAGCCCGAGCGGCGCCUGUCGCUGCGCGGCGUCGCGCGCCACCGCUGGCUCGCGCAGCACCAGCCCGGGCCCGGACCCGGCGACCGGGACAAUGUCGGUGUGGGCGCAGAGCCGUCCCGCGGGUGGUGCGCGUGCCACGCGGACGCGACGCGCGCAGACGCGGCGGCGGCGGACGUAGUCACCGCGCAGAUGCUCACGCUGCCCGGACUCACUAAGGAAACCGUCCUGCAGUCGGUACAGGAGGAGCGGUUCGACCACAUCUCCGCCAUCUACCAUUUGCUGAUGGACAAAAUCGAGCAGCGGACCAGCGCCAGGAACAGCCUGCAGCAUAGGGAUUCCCUGGACGGCACUACGGGACAACCAUUGGAUCUCACUAGUUGUAAGAGCUCAGACGAGGAGCAGAUGGAGGCGGAGGAGAGUAGUUGGUCAGAGAGUCUGGUCUCCCUGCCUACCCCCGGCGCGACGCAGGACUACCUCACCAUAGCACCCGACGACCUCGAGAAGUUCGACGAGUGCGUGGCGCCCUACAGCGAGGAGCGCCGCGCCGCGCCCGCGCCCGCCGACCCGCCCGCGCUGCGCCGACACACCGUCGGGCCCGGCGACUGCAGGCACUCGCAGGGCGGCGAGCUCGGCGCGUGCGCAGUGUCGGCGGACCUGCGACCCUCGCCGCUGUACGUGUCCGCGCACUUCAAUCAGCAGCCCGGCACCCACGUGUCGCUGCUGCCCAACACGAACCUGGCGGCCAAGCUGCCGGCCGUGCAGCACCAGCCGCCGCGGUACUUCAGCGUGAAGGACCAGCAGCUGCUGAAGCCGCCGCACGCGAUGCAGACGCAGGCGUCGUCGUUCGGGCGGCGCGCGUCGGACGGCGGCGCGCACGUGCCGCGCGGCCGCGAGCGCGCCUGCUGCCACUCCGCGCCCGACCACCACGUGUCAGACAGCGGCUCCUCGCAGCGGCCGGAGGACCCCGACCAUUCCGAAGAACAGGGCAAUGACUCCGCGUACAAUGCUAAUUUGUGCAGGUAUAUGGUGAGUCGCGGCAGCAGCAAGCGGCACACGAUGGCCACGCCGGAGGACGCCGCCAGCGUCGCCGUCUCCGUCAACGCGCCGCAGAUGCAACCCAGCUCGACCCCCUCCUCGACGGGCAGCAUCAGGGUGCGCAGGACCGGGCUGCUCACCGUCACCGAGCGGCCCCCCGUAAUAAGUCCCGAGUUAGUUAUGGAAGUGGAAGCAAGAAUGAAGAGGAACUACUUACCCCCCUCGAUACAGUACCAGACGGGGUACCAGGGCCCCCCCACGCCGACGGGGCCGGCGCCGUCGAGCGUGCCGCAGAGCCCCACGCAAGGCUCCAUUACAGCAGGAACACCGAGUUACAAUCAACAGAACCAAAAAGGAAUGAAACCUGUGCUGGAAACUAUACCUCAAGGAAGCGUAAUGGCGACCAAAGGGUCCAUAAUGUCCGGUACCCCAAUCACUCAAGCGGUGUCGCCGUUCACCCCCACAAUGGGCCAAUUCUCGCCCAGCCACGGUUCGGUCGCCAACCAAACUGGGUCAAUAACGAGUUGCGUGCAGAACCAAGGAUCUAUUGUGUCCGGCACGCCAAUAAACAACUACGAGAAUAAAAACUACAGCCCGAGUUACUCCAACUUCCCGGGAACCCCGACCAACGGUGGUAACUUUGGGAACUACGGCAACUGUACCUCCAUGACGGAUUGCAGUUUUACUUUUAAUACAAAUCAGAGUUACCCCAAUAAUUAUGGCUCUAUUAAUGGGGGCCUUAUGGGACAAAAUGUCCAAAGUACCCCAUGUUUGCCGAGUGGUUCUUCUACGGGAUAUGUAAGCGGGAACUUUGGCUCGAUUACCAGCGGUACCCCUAUGAACCAGUCACCCCAGGGGCCAUCUGGGACCAAUACGGGAUACUCUUCGGGUAAUUUUGGUUCUAUAACCAGUGGCACCCCAAUGGACCAGGGAUCACAGGGACCAUCCGAGACAAAUACUGGGUACGCUCAAGGCAAUUUUGGUUCAAUUACAUCUGGAAUCACAAACCAAGUUUCACAACCAUCUGGGUCUAACUCAAUUUACACCCAAGGGAAUUUCGGUUCCAUUACCAGCGGCACUCCUAUGAACCAAGGGUCUCAAGGGUCGUCUGGUACCAACACAGGGUACACUUCAGGUAAUUUUGGAUCGAUUACUAGUGGUACGCCAAUGAAUCAAGGAAAUCAGGGACCACAUGGAGCUACCAUGGGGUAUAACCAAAGUAAUUACGGCUCAAUAACAAGUGGUACUCCAAUAAAUCAAGGCUCGCAGGUACCGUCUGGGACUACUCAGGGUUAUUCGUCAGGCAAUUACGGCUCAAUAACCAGUGGUACCCCGAUGAAUCCAACACAGGGGCAAUCUGGAACCAACACGGGGUACUCUCAAACAAAUUUUGGGUCAAUCACUGGUGGUACCCCAAUGAAUCAAGUAUCACAAGCAUCCGGGACCAACACGGGAUACUCUCAAAGCAAUUUCGGUUCUAUAACAAGUGGUACCCCAAUGCACCAAGGACCGCAACCAUCCGCUACUAGCACAGGGUACCCGCCGACCAAUUUCGGGACCCAAACGCAGUCCGGGUCGAUCACGGCGGGUACCCCAGUGCAACAGAACUACCAGGGUAGCCAGUACAGCAGGCAACGCAAGUAUUCGGGGCCGCAGCGGGUGAAAUUGCAGAUGUUAGCGACUGUGCAGGAGAUGGCGCGCGAGCACGCGGAGCGGUACUCGCCGGUGCGGCGCGCGGAGUGCUCGCCGCCGCGCCAGGCGCACGACCUCGCCUCCGCGCGCCUCGAGUACCAGCAGCUGCAGCGCGGUCUGGAGCGCCGCGCAUGCGUACCGGGUGCGUCGCCGCCGCUUGCUGACGCGAGACUUCACACGCCCGCCGCCUCUGUGCCCGGGUCGCCGAUCCAGUCGCGCUGCGGCGGCGGGCCGCUGGACCUGCGGCUGGUGUCGGGCGAGGCGGCGCGCGCCGUGCUGGCGGCCGCUCAGCGCGCGCUGCCGCCGCCCGCCGCGCGCGACCUGCGCGCCUCGCUGCUCCUCACGCAGGACGUGGCGCUGAAGAUUGGCAUCAACCUGCACGCGCUCACCGCCAACGUGAAUAUCUCCCAGGAACUAUUGAAGACGAUCCACAACCUCACCAACUACACACUGCUGUCCGGCCCUGCCUCCCCGGCGGGGCCCGGCUCUCCCCUCCACCAGAUCACCGAAGGCCUCAGCUACCUCCACACGGGUUCCAUAACCAGGGGCACGCCUCAACCCUCAGCUACCCCGUUAGACCUUAGAAGUAACGUAGAUAUGGACACGGGCCAAUAUCCUCAACUGCACCCGAUGGUUCACCCUCAAAUCCACAUGGUGACUCACAGGUCUUUGAACAACUCUCCUAUAUCGAACCCUGGAUCACCGCUAGACAUGAUACAAGAAGAAAUAGGGAAUGGAACCGAAAAAUUUGUGGACAGAAGUUUCCAGAACUACGUCUCGACGCAUCCACAGAUCAGUCUGACGGAUUGUCUCGGUUCGGAAAUCACUUUGGUCGCAUCGUCCUCGGAGGACAGUAUGGACAGCCUAGAGAAUACGAAAUAUCCCCUGCCACAAUUCGUGAUAUCGGAGCCGUCCGAUUUGGAUGACCGACCCUCUAUCACUAAAGGUAUUGGACGAAAAGUUAGUCAGGAAACCGAAACACAAGAAGUUUUCGAGACUAAAGAUACAGAAAUGCAGUCACCCAAAGACGAAGAAACUAAAUUUUUGAGUGAGGACCUUAAGUACCCGAGGAGGGGCAGCGACAAGUCUCUCGGAUUCAGCGACGACUCGCUCAGCAACGACUCCGCCAACGUAUCGCCUAACUGCGAACAAAAUGUACAGUCAAUUUAUUCCAAUAUAGUAUCGAUAAGUUCAGGCUUUAGUGAGAAUAGAGGAAGCUUUUCAGACCACAGAGGGUCCUUCUCCUUCUCUGACAGAGGUAGUUUCUCUGAGAGAGGUGAUUAUGGGCGCUCGUCCUUCUCUGAACGGAGUGAUUUUGGUCGUGGAAGCUUCUCUGAAAAGGGUGAAACUCCCAGAUCUUCAUUCUCUGCACAGGGCACUUUGGGAGAAGUCAGAGAGUAUGGAGAGGACAUGUACCUUCCCAGGGACAAUAGCAGGCAUUGUUUAGAAAAAUGCGAGGAAGAAACUACUCCACCGAGCGAGGACAUAGACAAAUUACAGAGGUCGACCAUGGAUUUGCGCUUGACGGAAAUCUGCAGACCUGAGGAACGGAAAAUACCAAUAUUAUUAAGCCCUCAGAAAGUAUCCUGCGUGCAAGAAUACUAUGAAGUCACCCUGUCCACAGUAUGUUCGAAGUUAGAUUCUACGAGGAUUGUAGAGCUGCUGAAGGAGGCCAUUAACAGUAGAGUACCGCCGCAAAACAUUUUCGUAGAGACCAACGACAGUAGAGACGGCGAUGACGAGUUAACUGGAUACUUGAACUUGGAGUACUCUGGCGGCAUCCAGAUAGAGCUUGUGGUGUGCGAAAACAAAGCUAUGGAGAAGAAAGGGCUGAAAAUGAGAAGGAUUUCAGGAGAUCAGAUGGAGUACGGCAAGCUUUGCGAACAGCUCAUCACUAGCUUGACAGUUUAGACGGCUGUCAAAGUGACAGAUGUCUAACAGCUGUCAUCCAAAUAAUUCCAAAAACGCCAGCGGACUAUUGAUUAGCGCGGCGUUUCCUGCAUUUAUAUUUUUUAACAAUGGAUUUUCUUCAUUCCUGCUGUUUUUGUGUUAUUUUAUUUUAAAGCCGCGCAUCAGUGGUUAUAGCCGCGUAUCAGUGGUCAGAACCGCUACUCAGUUGAUUCGAAUUAGUGAUCUUAAUGUGCAAUAUUAGGUAUGGAAAUUGUAAAUUUGUGACGUCGCUUAUAAAAUUAUUUGGUUUUAAAAUUCGAGUGACGGCUUCAAUGUCGUUGUGAUGUUUAGGUUCGACUCUGAGGAAUUUGUUGAACUAUCGAUAAAAACUACCGCGCUGUUACAUUGUCCGCAAUAUUGAUGUAAUUUUUGUCACACCAUCAGUAGUGCUAUACCUGUUUUCCAAAUACAUUAUUGAAUGCAUUUUGAUUGUAAGAAUAAUUUGCUUAUCAUUUUACAGUAAGCCUGAUUAAUUCUGUGCAAUAUAUCUGAUAUGGAUAAUAUCUCAAUUAUGUGGCUACCAACCAAAAAUAGCGACACCUCGCAUCCGAGUACCUUAAAAAUACAAUGAUACUUUCAUUUAACAGGUUUAAUUUGUAGACAAUAGAUGGACACGAUGGUGGACAAAAGUCACACGAUUUGAAUAGUGAACACAAUUUUGGAUUUGAAUCCAAAUAAUGCAAAUUGUACAUAAUGUUGUGAUACUUUAUUGAAAGUGCCGAUGUAAUUACAGCAUUCUCCGAUUUUAAACCACGACAGCUGAAAAUUAAAGCCGGCACUCAAGUGAUAAAUCCAAAGUUUUAUUGUGAAAUUGAUGAUAUGAGUUGUUAAUGUGAGUGACGGCUUUAAAUAAAAGCUGUUAUUGAGCACCGGCUUUGGAAGUUGUGGUUACUUUGGUACAUCUUGUAUCCGUAAUUUUUGCACAUAUUUGUAUAUUGCGUGAAGAGUUAUUUAUUCCGUAAAGAAAUUUUCUUUUAGAAUUAAAAUUCCAUAUUGCGGUUGAUGGCGUGAUGAUCGAACUUUAUUUUGAAAUGAAAAUGUGUCGCCGAGAACUGAAAUCUAAAAUACUUAUAAACGGUGGUAAUCAAUGACUAAGUGACCCGCUUGUCUGUUUACCCUUUCUCCUAGGAACAAUAUAAUGUUCUUAGUUCAGUGUAAUAAUAAUAUUGUAUUUAAUUUUCGCAAGCCAAGAGAGCGGGCACUGCGUACAACCUUUGUGUCAAUAACUUGUGUGUUACAAUCAUGUGACGCUGCCUUAAACUGACACAUUAAAAUAAUAUUUAGCACAGCUUUAAGACCUGUUGGAAUGCUUAUUUGGUUGCUGGGUAACAAAAUAUGUAAAAGGUAGGUCCCGCGUAUGUGAUUUAGUUACCUAUAGCACCAAAACCGCAAUUAUUUAACAGACUAUUUAUUUUCAAAAUAAAGUUAGGUAGUUAUCAACGUUACGUAGAAUAACAAAUUGUACAUUUUUUUUCUACAAAGAAAUUUAUAAUUUGUGGAAAAUGUCUGUAGAAAAAAACGCAACAAGAAACUUGAAAAGUUAUUUAUAGGCUUUUCUUAAGACGUAGCUGAAAUAAUCUUGUACACUUUUAUUUAUCUAAAAUAGUUGUUACGUAAGGUCUAAGGCAACUGAUGUAAAGUAUCCAGUUAUCAGUUAAACAAAUGCGGGCAGAAGAUAAUAUGAAAUCUCGGAAUCAAAUAUUUUUAAAAGUAUUCCAAAUCCAAACAGGCCAAUAAAUCCAUAGAUUAUAAAGUUCUUUAGUAGAAUGAUCGUUAUUCGUGUGAUAGCGACAUCUGUGUUCCGUUUUAGUAAACUAGUUUCACGUGCGCGUCGAGAGAUGACGCUGGCAAGUAAACGCACAGUCGCAGCGCGACGCCCUGUCCUUCACACGAUAGGCUAAGUAGAUAGGAUAUAGUAGGAUAAGUUAUUUGCCAUAAGAGUUAGCGCCAUGUACGGAGACGUAUCAUUGUAAAUAUUAUUUUAAUAAAUUCCGAUUCCAAUUAUGUUA